GGCUUAUCCGAACCAAGCAAAGCAAUCAACACGCAGCGAGAGCUAUCCUAUAUAAUACGCACCCCACGGCCAAAGAUCCAUCCAACCCCAUUUCACAGCAUCCAUCCAUUCCAGAGCAAUAACAGCUUCCUGACUUCCCAUCUCAUCGAGUGUUUUUCGAUCGGUUGCCAAUGGCGGACAUAGCGAUGCUGGUGGCCGACGAGGCGUUCGAGAAGAGGCUGCAGCGAGGGGCGCCCUUCGCCGGCGCCGGCGAGGAGGCGUCCAAGGGACGGGAGAACUUCGGGGCCGUGACCAAGGUGUGGGGCUCCUGGGCGUCGGAGGUCAAGGUGCGCGUCGCGCUGCUCGUCAAGGCCGACCUGGUGGCCGAGCCCAAGACCCCGGUCGCCCUGGCAGCCUUCGACGGCUUCUUCUCUGCUUGAUGAGUGUGAAUUAAUUCGGAGGAGUUUACCGUGUGGAGUACCUCUCCCCCUUAAACCAGUGUCAUGGAACUCCGAUUUGUACAUAACCGUGUGCUUUACUGAUUUGCAACAAAGAGAAGUACACUUUUUGAACGGCAA